AAUAACACCAAAGAAGAAGACGGGGGGCGGAGAAGAAACAGGCUAGCAGGAAAACAAAUUGUUUAAUGUUACUCACGAAGUUAAAAGGCGUUGUUUAUUUUUAACUUUGUCAACCAGAUAGAUCAGUGGGACAUCCAAAGUUGCCGAUGAAACAUAUGUUGCGUACAAAUUGUAUUUUUUUACGAAGGAAUGAGUGUUACUCAUCGAGGAAGUCGAUGAAAAAGUAGCUAGCUUGGGGUUGCUAACCGCUGUUAGGAGAGUUCUUUGUUAUCCUCCUUCAGGUUCGUUUAACAAUAAAGACAAGCUAGUGGGGUCAUAAUUUACCAUGUACAUGAGUUAAAUAACCAUGCCACGAGUGCAUUUGCUUGUACAAAGUUGAGUAACUGAAUCAAGGACAUAAUACUAAAAUACAUUAGCAACCGAGUAAGUUGAAGUGGCUGAGUUCUAAUUCAAGCGUUGGCUGGAACCGGACUGGAGACACUGAAAUAUGGGGAACUGUCUGAAGUCUCCAACAUCAGACGACAUCUCUCUGCUCCAUGAAUCCCAGUCCGAUAGAGCGAGUUUCGGUGACGGGACAGACCCGGACCUGGAGCCGCCUCCUCCGUACCAGGAGCAGGCUCACAUGCCCAUGUACCAUCCUACACCCAGUCAGGCCCGUCUGGCCACCCAGCUCACGGAGGAGGAGCAGAUCCGCAUAGCUCAGCGCAUCGGCCUCAUCCAGCACCUCCCUAAGGGUGUUUAUGAUGGAGGACAAGACGGCUCGGAGAAAAAGAUCAGAGAGUGUGUGAUCUGUAUGCUGGACUUUGUUUACGGAGACCCCAUUCGGUUCUUGCCAUGUAUGCACAUCUAUCACAUGGACUGUAUAGACGACUGGCUGAUGAGGUCCUUCACCUGCCCCUCCUGCAUGGAGCCCGUGGAUGCUGCGCUGCUGUCCACCUACGGACCAACCGAUUUCUCCCCCGAUGCUUAGAUGAAACUCUGCCCCCCUCCAGCACCCGAACCUAACAUCUUCCCUCUUGUUGAGUGAGAGGAGCUUAAAAAAAGAAGAAGGAAAGGGGAAAAAAAGCGUGUUGGUUAUCUUGCACUUGGAAUAUUUCAAAAAAAUAUAUUCACCCAACGUUGGCCUUUCUUUCCCCCUCUCAGAUCUGAUGCUAGUUAAGCUGGUCUUAAAAACAUCGGUUACAUGAGUCAGACCGAAACUUUCCCUCUGCAUGAUCGUAUUUCUGUGUCUGUUUUGCUGAGGCAGUGUCCAGUGUUGCCGCAAAUGAAGAGAGAUAUGGAUUUGUGUGUGUGUGUGGGUGAGGUGUGCGUGUUAAAUGGUAAAUGAGCAUUUUCACUAGAGCUGGUCUCAGUGGCAUUUCUCCACAACUGACCCCAGUCCACCAAAAAAUCCCAAAAACAGUUUUAAAUGAAAUUGAGCACUGGCUCAUAUGCUGAGAGGUGUUGCCAGACAUCUGUUGGCCUAUCUCUAAAGCAUUUAAAUUCUGUGAUAUUGAUAUUUACAUUUUUGGCCUAGGAGAAACCGCAUUUUGGCUUCCCAAAGAGGCUGAAACGCACACCAAAAACAUAUGCACAGAUGCUACAUAAAUGACACAAUUUUAGACAGGCGUUCAAGUUGUGAGGGGAAUGCGGUGAUUGUUCCCCGAAUGUUUUAACAAAUAAUGAUCCGACAGUCGGCGUAAAGGGCUCAUUUGCGCUCGGGCAGUGGGAGGGGGUCAGUCACUCAGUUGAACAUUAGAAACGCUUGCACACACUUUUCAUCCAAUCCAGAGAUUUGCACUUUACUUAUAGGACAUUAUCUAAAACAAUAUAUUAAUAUAUUUACCUUAUAACCUUGCACUAUCAAGACUUCAUCCUUUUAUCUCCUGAGAUGCAGAAGUUAUUUAGCUGGUAAAUAUAUUUUCUGAGCUGUCAGUUGUGACUUAUCAUGCUGAGGCAAGCCUGAAGAUGCAUUUCAUCAAAUCUGUGAGUCAGUAGAGUUAAGAACCUGCUUUGAUUUUGAUUGUUUCUUUUUUUUUCCUGAGUGAAGGGACAGAGUGUUGUUCAUGUUGAAAGAAAUGGUUUGACUCACUUUCACAUCAAGAGUUGGUUAAAGUAAAAUAUUCAGUUACGUCUACACUGUAGACAGUGUGAUCUUUGAAAAGCAGAGCAGUUAAUACAAGUUCUGACUGAUGGCAGGAUGGUUUGUAGUUUUAUAUAUAUAUUUUUUUUGUUUUGUUUUUUCCUUAUUUUUCCUUCAACAAGAAAAAGCUCCUGCACGUUUCCUCUGGAAACUCUUKAAAAGAAAGUGAGUAAAAGUUAGAAUUUUAUUGCAUUUAACGUAAAAGUUUGGAUUAAUUUAGGCACUAAAUGUCUUUGUUUUGUUUUAAUUUACUUUACCAGUUAUUACAGUCAUGCUUCACCUUUUGUUUUAAAGCAUUUUGUGUUUGUGUUGUCUUUUUCUGUUGUUUUUUUUGUUUGUUUCACUUGUUAAAUCCACUACAUAUUUAGUUUGUUUUAUGGAAAGCUUAUACACUGGUUCCAAGUUGUGCAAACCUCUGUCCUUUUUAAAGACUUUUCUGAUGGUYGGAUAGUUAAAACAGUUACUUUCUGAUUUCCUUUCAGCUUUCUUUUGCUGUUUUACAAUCUUAGUUCAACCUAAAAGAAAAAUAUUUCAUGUAAUAGUUUUAUUUCCAUCCGUUUGGAAGGCUAAGCCCUCAUGUAAAACAAUAAAUAAAAGGAAAACCUACA